AAAGAAGCUUCGCCAUUUUGGAACCACAUUCCUAUGUUCUUAUUCACGUGCAGCAUUGUUUGUUGAAUCCUAACCUCUGAAACAUACAAUUCCCGCCAAAUAUUGUUAAGUAACGUAUAUUUAUGUUUUAUGAAUGAGAAUGACUGAAGAAUUUGUGGAAAAUGAAUUUCAAUUGCGACCAAUGAGUUGUGAAUUAAAUCAAUUAUCUAUGCCUGAUGGAUCAGCAAUGUUAAUGCAAGGAGAUACAACAGUUAUUGCUGGGAUUUAUGGACCAAUAGAAGCUAAAGCACAAAAGAUGAUGUACGACAAGGCAUCCGUGGAAGUAUCAUAUGCUCCUCUAAAGGGUCCAGCGAAGGUUGAUGACAGAAUGACAGAAAUGUACAUAAAAGAGACAUGUGAAGCUGCAAUAAUGGUUACAUUUCAUCCAGCAACGUCUAUAUGUAUCAAUGUACAAGAAUUGGAAGAUUCCGGUGGGUUAUUGAGCUGUAUACUGAAUGCAAGCUGUUUAGCACUUAUUAAUGCUGGAAUUCCAAUGAAAUUUACUAUUGGAGCAGUUACGUGCAUUAUAGAAGAAGGUUCUGGUAACAUCAUUUUGGAUCCUGAUAGCAUUCAGCUUCAGAAUGCUAGGGCAGAAUUUACAUUUGGAUUUGAUAGUAUGAAAAAAGAUGUAAUAUGUUGUCAUACCGAAGGUCGUUUUACACAGGCAGAGUUUUUCGACGCGAUGGACAAAUGCAAACAAGCUAGCCAAUAUGUAUUUGAUUUCUACAGAAAUCUUGUAAAAAAGUAUGCAAAAGUAAUAUAA